CCGCCCGCCCGCCCACACGAACCCGGACUGCCGGCCAUGUCUGAGAAGCAGAAGGGCAUCUCGCUGCGCAAGAAGCGCGGCAACAAGAACAAGGAGAAUGCGCCGACCAUCAGCGCACCGCGCCAGAUCAGUGCGCCCAUGCCGGCUGGCCAGGGCAUAGGAGCAGCAACACUGUCCUCCUCGGCGCGCCCCUCGCAGGACUCGAGCCGGUCGCGCAGCAGAGGCCCCGCGGACGAUGGCCGCGGUCCCCAGCAGAGGCAGCGGGCGGACAAGACGGCCGACCUGGUCAAGAGGCGGUACUCGCAAAAGAUCAUGCAGCUGCCGAGCGACUUCCCUGGAAACGGGGCGUCCAUGCCGGACUUGCCGCAGAUCCCCAGCCAGUUCCAGGACAAGAGCCAGUUCGGAGACAAGAGCCAGCCCCGAGACCGAAGGCCGGACAGGAGCGCGGACGGGCGCGGGCUCAAGGCCGACAUGCGGGCAUUGCGCGACCCCAACCUGCAGGCCGAGCAGUAUGUGGCCUCCAUGCUCGCCGAUGCGUCUGAGGAGGACGUCCGCCGCUACCAGGACGAGCUGCGCAAGGCCAAGCACCGCGCAUCGGUCGACCUGCAGACCAACGUCUACCAGAACAGGACGCAGUUCAUCAAGAUCAGUAAAGAGGCAGAGAAGCUCAAGGGCGAGAUGCGCACCCUGCGCCAGCUCAUGUCCGACCUGACCACCACCCUGGAACAGACGGCGUCGGCCACCGCCAACGGUGACGCUGUAAGCGCACGGCGAGCCAACAGGAGCUCCAUUGGCGACCUGAACCAGAUCCGCGCCGGCCAACUGCAGCAGCUCUACCGCGACGUCGAGGGAUCCCAAAAGUACCUGCCCCCAAUACCCGGACGCUACAUCGUCUGGAAGUCGCGACGAUGGUUCGAGCUGGACUCGGCCACGCUCAAAGCUCGCCGUCGAGUCCGCCUCCUCCUGCUGAACGACCACCUCCUCAUCGCGGCCGAGAAGAAAGCCCGCAACGACGUCGCCAGCCAACGCGACCGCAACCGGUCCGCCGUCGAAUACGUCGCCCAACGCUGUUUCCCGCUGCAGGACGUCCAGGUCUCCCGCGCCCCAGAAGAACGCGUCAUCGUCCGCGCCGGCAACGAGUCCUUCACGUACGACACCAAGCAGGAAGACACCGGCGACAAAAUCACCUUUCUUUCCACCUUCCGCAAGGCCAAAGACGACCUGCGCAAGAGCCAGGAGGCUGAGGUCGAGGAAAAGGAUCGUGCGCAGGAUAGCUACAACCACAUGCUCUCCCGCGACCCCGGGCUACGCAGCCAGACCGAGCUGCUGGAGAACUUGAGUGAGGGUGUGAGCCACAACAACGUGAGCACGUUCGUCGACAUCGACGGCCAGACACGGAACAUCCGUUGGGUAGAAACGCAGCUCGACGAACUGGACAUCGACGUCGCGCUUCAGCGCUUCGAGGAAGCAGUCGCCAAGGUCGAGAAACUCAAGAUCCUGAGCCAGAACAUGCGAGCCAACGAGACGGCAAAGACGAUAGUCACUUUCAAAGUCAACGAGCGCGCAGCGAAACUCGCGAAUGUACUUGUCCGCCAGCUGAGCGAGGGGAAUACAUGGAACGGCCCAAUCGGGCAACACGUAACAUGGGUGAACCGACUCGGCUUUGAAGAUCGCGCGAGAGAGGCGUAUCUAGAGGCACGCAGCAGCUUGAUAAAAGCGCGCUCACGGUACGUUUGCUACCACCACCACCACCACCACUACCCCUCUUUCAGCACGUAUCGUCGUUCGCUAACGAGUUACUUCUUUAGGCAAUGCACAUUCGAAGGCAACCUCCCCGACUACAUCUUCCAAAUCUCCUACAUCUACUUCCUCAUCAUCAAAAACACCGUCUCCACGUUCCAGACCUGCUUCCCGCAACCCCUCAUGUCAGCGUGCGUCAAGUGGGCGAAAGAACACGUCGAUCACUUCAACAUCAUUCUCAAACGACAACUCAGCAGUGUUGAGAAGGAAGGCGAGAUGUGGAAGCAGUGUCUGGACUUGGCGCAGGAGCAUGCGGGCAUGCUAAGGGAUGUGGGCUUGGGCUUUUCGGAGCUGGUGGGGAGUGGGGUGGGUGAGGAGGGGGAUGCGAGGGAGUUGCUGCCGCAAGGUCCUGUGGGAUUGGGUGUGUCGUGAUGUGGAGUUGGGUGUGUCGUGAUUCGAGCGAGUUUGAUGAAUCAACGUGCUUGCCUGAGAGGUGAAAGUGCCUUCCCAUCUUCCAAUGCCAAUUCACAGCUCCUCCAGAGCUCUUGCACCUUUCUUGCUUAUAGGUCCCACUUCGAUGCUGCUCUACUGUCUUGUCUCUGUCUAGUCUAACAACGUUGUUC